AAAGCUUUUAAAGCAAAAAUAAUAUUGGGACCGUACAAAAGGACCCCGGGGGAUAUAAGUAUUUUAAUUUUUAAAAAGCCGGUUAUUUGCUUUAAGUACGGGCAGUUAGGCUAUAUCGUUGCAGCAUGCAAAAUACGGACGGACAAUUUAAAAAUCCCGUUGGCUUUAGCGACCAUACAAAAAGCGAAAAGGAAAAAGCCCGAAGUACGGUAUUACGGGUGUAAAAAAUUGGGCCAUAUCCGGCCGGUAUGCUUUAAAAAAAGCAAAAUAUCGCUACCCAAUUCGAUACCGCUGUUUGGCCGUUUAAGCACCGGGGUUUAA